AUGCAAUGGCGGACUCAUGCGGGCGGGAGAGAGAGCGCAGAUGGCGGCAUGCGGAGCGCGGGUAACGGCAUGGGGGGGGGCGUUCAACGAGGGGAGGCGGGGGAGACGGCGGAAGGGAACGCGAGCUUCGUAGGCACAGCCCUGUCGCAAGUUGUGAAGCUUUUUCUUCUAUCCCAGCUGGAGUCAUGCGAGGACCUGAGCGUGACUGUAGCGGGGUCCAAUCGGGAGCUCCUUUCAGGGCGAAUCGCUGCAGUCACGCUGUCUGCACGAGGGGCAGUGUACAAGGGCGUGAGGCUGACGUCAGCGCACGUGGCAGCAGCUAACAUUGCAGUGGACGCCAGGGGCCAAGCACAGUCAGGCAGCGAGUUUGGGCUGCUCGAUUCCGAGUCAACGCCUUCAUCUGCAGUCAACCAAGUCAACUCUUACCAAAACGGUAACCGGGCCAACGCUUACCUCGACGAAUAUUCCACAGACGAUAGCACCAACGAGCUGCCUGGUAGUAGCAUCAGCACCAGGGCGGUCAAAGUCGCUGCCACCCCGUCGGCGACAGGUGACAGUCGCACAACGUCGCAUGGCUUGUCGCAGGACGGCGUGCCUGUUCGUGAGGGGUCGCCGUUCAAGCUGCGACCAGACCUCGCGGUAGAAAACGGCAGCGACGAAUACGGCGACGGAGAGAACCAGCAGGAGGAAGACGGGACCGCGGGUAGCGGCGGCGAUAGUGGCGCGGAUGGCGGCGGGGAUGACGGCGGGGAUGACGGCGGGGAUGGCGGAGAGGGAGGCGCAGACAAGGCUUCAAGCCCUGCCGGGGAUCACGGCGGGGAUGGCGGAACAGGUGAUUACGGAGACCUGGACGUCGGUGGUGAUAGCAGUGGUGACGCAGCCACCGCAAAAGGCGGCGAUUCUGGUAGCGAUGGCAGCACUGGGGGCGACGGUGGAGGAGGGGAAGUGGGGGGAAAACAGGCGGAGUCUCCCCCGAGCCUUUCUCCGCCAACGUCGGCCCCCCCCUCACUUUCCGCCAAACCGCUCCCAUUGCUACCGUUACCUUCGCGCUCUCCCCCCGCUAAUGCGCCCCCCUCCAAGUCGUUCUCUCUUCCGCCAAAGCUAGCUUCCCCUCCGCCUAACUCGCCUCCGCCUCCGCCGAAGUCUCCGCCCCCUUCCCCGCCGCCGAAGUCGCCCCCCUCUUCCCCUCCGCCGAAAUCGCCCGCCUCUUCCCCUCCGCCGAAGUCUCCUCCCCCUUCCGCUCCACGGACCGCCUCACCGUCCGCUGCUACCGUGCUGUCAUGGGGGGGGUUUAAGUCAGGCAGGGAAGGGGGCAAUGAGGGGGGAAGGGAAGGGGGCAAUGAGGGGGGCAGUAACGGUGGUGACAGCGUGAAUGCUGCAAGUCCAGUGGUGAAAAGUCCAGUGUCUUCCCCACCCAAUCUCUGGUGGCAGUCGUUGCUCGACGCCGGGGGGAGUUAUGGGGGGAAAGUGCUGGAGGGGUAUUCUGACGGGGGAGCGGAAGGGGGCAAGGACGGCGGAGGAGAUGGGGCGGGAGAGGGGGAUGAUGGGAGUAAGGGGAGUAAGCUGGGUGUGCAAGAGGCGUCGGUUGACUAUAGCAAAAGUGAUGCUCAGAGGUUUGAUGCUGGUGCUGGUGGUGGUGGUGGUGAUGGUGAUGCUGAUGCUGAUGCUGAUUCUGAUGGUGAUGCAAGUGACCAUGGCGGAUCUGACUGGAGCAGCUCUGAAGAUGGAGGGGUGGAUGUGACUGGGGGUAGUGUUGCUGGUGGUGAUGGGAGUGAUGAUGAUGGUAGUGAUGAUGGUAACGAUGAUGGUAGUGAUGACGGUAACGAUGAUGGUAACGAUGAUGGUAACGAUGAUGGUAGCGAUGAUGGUAGCAAUGAUGGUAAUGAUGAUGGUAACGAUGAUGGUAACGAUGAUGGUAGCGAUGAUGGUAGCGAUGAUGGUAACGAUGAAAGCUACAGCAAUGAUGAUGGUACUGAAGACAAUGCCAGUGAUGAUGAUUGUUAUAUGGGGUUCAAUCUGGACGGAGACGAUUCCCAACCUCUAGAUGGUACCGGCUCUGAUACCAUUGCUGCUGGCGCAGGGGCAGACAAUGAUUCUGACAGUGCUGCUAGCAGCGUUACAGGCAGCAGCAGCGAGUAUGGAGCUCUUGAGAAGUCUCAAAAUCGGCCUGACGGCAAGGGUGGUGACACCCAUGGUGGCGGCAGCAGCAGCGGCAGCGGCAGCGGCAGCAGCAGCAGCAGCGGCAGCGGCAGCGGCAGCAGCAGCGGCGGCGGCGGCGGCGGCGACGACAGUGAGGAUUACACGGGCGAGGCUGGAGAUUACAGCGAAAGUGAAGGGGAACGCGACGAUGGCAGCAUCAACGCCAUUGACUACCUGCAAACCAGCAGCAGCUAUGACGACUCUUCUGACUCUUCUGACGAUUCUGACGAUUCUGACUACUACAACCACGCCUCUGGAGAUGCUGCAGGUGCUGGAGAUGCUGCUUCUAACCACCACAGCAGCAGCCACUCCCUCGUCCCACUCUCCACGGAAUCGUUGGUCGGGGUUCAAGGGAAGACAGGGCAGCAGCAGCAGCAGCGGUGGUGGGAGCAAUAG